GUCUACAGAUUCGAUGCCCCUCAGGAAGGCUGCCCCGAGACGAAGUUGUUUCGGCGGGUCAUACAGCCCAGCACCGAGGCACGCUACCAGAUUGAUGGGCAGGCGGUGUCCCAAGAAGCGUACCUCGCGAGCCUCGAGGAGAUCAACAUCCUGUCCAAGGCAAGGAACUUCCUUGUCUUCCAGGGGGAUAUCGAGGCUGCAGCGCAUCGCCAGGGCAAAGAUCUCACGGCUUUCUUCGAGCAGGUUUCUGGUUCUGUGGCUCUCAGCGGAGAGUACGAAAAACUGGCCUCGGAGAAGGCUGCCCGAGAGGAUACAGCCCGGGACCUCUACACCAGGAAGCGAGACGCACAGCACGAGAAGAAGAGGAUGGCCCAGCAGAAGGAGGAAGCUGAAAAGUACCAGGAAAUGCAAUCCGAGUACCGGGCUAUGCAGACGGAGUUCAUCCUCUUUCAGCUUCUCUCCUCCGAGUCGGUAGCGGAGGAACUCUCCAAAGGAAUCGCGGAGGCGAGGAGAGAAGCCGAGGCCAUAGAGGCCGAUCGCGAAGCUGCCCAACAGAAGCUCGUCGAUGCGGACCAGGAUCGCCUGGAGGCUUCGCAAGCCACUGAGGAUGCCGAGCGGCUCCUGGCCAGCGCGCGCUCGGAGUUGGAGCAGCUGAGCCCGGAGCAAAGCCAG